AUGGAUGAAGAUAGCAUAGUCAGUGAUGCUGAUUAUCAAACUUUGAAUCUUUCUUCAGAAGGUCUGCAUUAGUUAUUGAUAAUUUCGUUAUCUUUUAUUCUCUUUCCUAAUUUCUUUUUUUUUUUUAUAUUUUUUAAAUUUUAAUUUGAAAAUUUUUAAGUGAGAGCUUUUUCUUGUCAAAGAACCGAGAGAUAGCAUGCAACCUCUGGUUCAUCAAAAACCUUUUGUUUAUUGUACUGCUAUUCGCUCAAUGUUUUACACCCAAACAUUAGUUUACAUACACUCCAUACUGUUGUUCUCUUUACAUUUCUUAAGGUGCUGACAACAAGAAUUUGUUUUACAAACAAGAGUUUCUCGUGACCUUAAUGUGUGAUUUAGGGUCAAUAUUGUAGGAAGAAAUUAGAUGCUUGUGGCAUUUAAAGUAUAGAGUGACAGAGAAAUGGGUUUCACACUGAAAUGAAUCUUUCCUUAAUUAUUUUUUCUGUACUUCAUGUAGAUGUAGCUGUUGUUGUUCCUGGAGGGGACUUUCACAAGGUUUAUCUCAAGCCAACACAAACAGCAGCAAUCAAAAAGAAAUGUAAGUUACUCCUGUUUUGUUAACCUUUUACACCCCAAUAUCAGUAUGCAUAUUCUCCAUACUGUUCUCUAUACAUUUCCUUGGGUGCUGACAAGGAGAAUUUGUUUUAUAAACAAGAGUUUCAUAAGUUGGCGAUCAUUUCUUUAUUCUUGUGACUUUAAUGUGUAAUUCAGGGGUGAUAUUGUAAGGAGAAAUAAGAUGAUUGGUAAUCAUUGGAAUACAUGUAUGUACUUUCUUACUGCAAUUGUCAUGAAAUGUCAUGAAGCCAAAAACAUUCAGUUUAAUGGGUUUUACUCAGAAUCAAAUGCUCCUUUGUUUGAAGACUGGUUGACACAACUUGUGCGGGGAGUGUCUAAAAUAUGAUUAAGUCAAAAUUUUUCCCAUUGGCAAUGAACCUUUUAUAUGGAUUACAAAUUACAAUUUGACCUAGUGUGCUGGACAUUAAACCAGACUAUUCACGUGACAGAUUUGUUUUGCAGCCAUAUUCCAGACUAGACAUUAGAGGUAUCCUAUUAGGACCUUUUCCAGGACAUUUGUUUCUUACAAACCCAGUAUUAGCCAUUAUACAUUGUGUGCCUCUGGUUUUGUCAUGGUUUUCAUGAGAACAAGGCUUCUAUAAUUUUCCUGAAGCUUGUGGAAUCAAGUUAAUGGCCCCUCAUGGCCAAUGCAGCAUGCAGUGCGUACUGGUCAAAACUGGAUCUUUAAAUCAGCCAAAAAAUUGAAAAGAAGCUCUUAAGUGAGGUUGUUUAGAAGGGUGUCUCUAUAAAAAAGUUUUCGAAGCUACUACUUAUUGGUGAAAGUGACUCCUAGAUGAAUUCUUUGUGAAUUUGACUGGUUUUCUUGUUAAUUGUUUUAUUUGGUAAUCAAGACCAACCUCUAUCAAUCCCAUCCUAUCUAAGUAAGUACAUGCUUUUCUUGGAUCUGAUCCCAAGUGGAAAUUAUCCAUGCUAGGGUGCUUCAAGGUACAGUUAACCCUUUAACUCCCAAGAUGGGAGUAGUAAUUCUCCUAAAUGUCUGCCGAAUGAUUUCCAUUUUGUUAGUUUGGAGAAUUUGGUACUUGAUCAAUUAGCAAUCUCAUAGUUGGUAUUUUAAAUUUCUUUAUUUUCAUUACUUGUCUGUUUGAUAUUGUGUAGAUAUAAUAAAGAGAAAUUCUGUCUUGGUCACUCUCAGGAGUAAGAGGGUUAAGGGAGCUAUAAAACUGUGCAUGUGAUUUUUUUUUUUUUUCUGAGUGUUAUUUUUUCUAUCUUUCAUCUGAUGUUCAUAGAUUCAAAAGGACCUAGAAGACCCCAACCAAAGAAAGAGCUGUACUUAAAACUGGAUGAAAUCUUGUUUGAUGCUCUUCGUCAAGAGUUUGAAGUGUGUCCAGGUUACACUAUUGAUCGACUCUAUAUGGUGAAGUUCUUGACAAGUGUUGUCCAACGACAUUUAAGUGACUUUCCAGAUCUUGACAACCUUUUGAACCUUCGAGACACUGUGUUGACUGGUCGCAUCAAAAAGGUUUUUCCAGAGGUAGAGUAUAAGAGAAGACAGGUCAAAGAGGAUCAGUAUAGGAAGGCGUAUCCUUUUGGGAAAUUGAAAAGAAGUUUUUAGAAAUACAGUGUAUGAUUAAAUUCAAUUUUCGAUUAAGUGUAAAAAAUAAUCUGGGGUUGUUUUGGUUUCGUUUUACUUUGCACUGGAAUUGGUUUGAAUUAAGUGUAUGCCACCUUGUUGAUCAAUCAGAUUCAAAGCUGAAACCAACUGCUAUUGUCUUUGCUUUCUUGUGAUAUUUUCUGUUAUUCUUAUUGCCUGUUGUGAGUACUUUGCUUUUGAUUUUUCAACACUCAAGCAAAGUUAACUACUGUACUGGUUUCAUUAUUAGGAAUAUUAGAAAACUAUGGGGUUGAAUGUUUGGGUGGGAGGAUUGAUGAGGGAUACUCCAUAGGAGAACCUAGGGUGCAUCUGAGGAAGGGUGGUCACUACAGAGGCUGGUAACUUUAGGAUUUUUUUUUUAGUAUUGAUGUUAGUUUUGGAAGAUCAAUACUUCUAGAUGGUCAUUAAGUUUCACUUAGCAAUAGCAAUUGGUUUUUUAAUAAAUUUGAUUCAAUGUUUGACUCCUUGACUAAACUCUUCAGGUGGUUGUAUGUAAAUAUCAGAAGGAAACCUUCCAGAACCACUCAUCAUGAUGAAGGUAAGACUUUUGUAUAUUAGCAGUGAUAAAUGUUUUCUCUUUUUUCUAGAACAUUUUUUUCCAAAUCUGGUGUCUUGCUGUUGAAAUGUAAGCAUUUUUCUGUAAUAGCACAGAUGUUUAGAUUGGCGAGUUAUUAGCGGAUCAAAGUUGCCAAUAUAUCCUCUGGGUUGUCAUAUGUUUCCACUAUUUUUACUAAUUGUUUGAACUGGUCGAGCUAGACUUACUACAGUAGUUUCAACUCAGGUCAUGAAAAAUAUAAUGCAGGCAGUUCAACUCCUCACACAUCACACUAACAUCAGCAUUCAUAUUCCGCUCCAUAAUGUUCCCCAGACAUAUCCUAUGGUGCUGACAGCAAGACUUUAUUUUUAAAACAAUCGAGAUUUUCUUUUGUGUUUGGUCCUUUGUUCUCAUGAUGUUAACGUUUGACUGAAUGGGGAAUAACCCUUGAACCCUGACAGUUACUUGUAUCUAAUUUCUCCUCACAGUAUCUGUGGUGAAUCAAAAUGUAAAAGUCUUGAGAAUAAAGGAUAUGAUCACCAAUUUUAGAAGCUCCUGAUUGUCAAACAAGUUCUCCUUGUCAGUACCAUAUGAAGUGUAGAGAGACCAGUAUGGAGAAUAUGAAAAUUGAUAUAAGGAUAUAAAAGAUUUCGGGUGAAACAAUUUGUAGCUGAAAAAUGGAUAGAAAAUUUAAGGUUUUAGGGCAGAUUGAUCUUAUCUCGCAUUUAUUUUACAUCGUAUCUGACCAUAUCCUACUGCCAGUUCUUAGAGAUUUCAGAGAACAGAGAACUGACAGUUAAUAUUUUCAAACCACAGUUAAAAUUGAAAGUGUUAGCACCACUAGCACAUGGACACCACCUGUUGCUUCUGGAAAUGUAUCACGGAAGCGAGCGUCACCUGCACCACACUCCUCAUCAUCAGCAGGUGCCGGCCAUCACCAAAGCUCACCCGCUUACACAAGUGCCACAUUGGAGCGCUGUAGCCCCAAUACGAUGGUUGUAGACAGCAGCGGUGUAGGACUAUACGGUGGCGAGUCUCCUGUGUGUGAUAGUGGUUCUGAUAGUAUGGCAUUAGAUGUUAGCACUCAUUUCAACGUCGAAUGUGAAGAGAGUGAGAGAUCAGCUUUAGUUAUGGACAGCUCCAAUUUGCAGGAAUGGUAAGAGGAGAAACAAUCUCCAUACUGUUCUCUAAGAAUUUUCCUUGCUAACAAGGCUUCUUUAGUUGGUGAUCAUUUCCUUUAUUCUUAUGACCGUAAUGCGUGAUUCAGGAAUAAUAUUGUGAAAAGAAAUUAAGUGCUGGCAGUCAAAAAGUUAAAUGUGCAUUUUGUAUCACUAGAAAUGAAGCCUUGAAACUUCCCUAAUGCUUCGGACUGAUAGCCAUAAAUCGCGCCUGAGUCGAUGGAGGGAUUGAGGCGUGCGAAAGCUGGAUCACAUUUCGCAAACGAAACGGUCUCAAACAUUGUCUCGUUACUACAACAAUUACCAGUAGUUGUUGAAGGUACUAAUUCACCAUUAUGGUCGGAAUGGAGGUCAAAUAACAACGUUUGUUGUACUGAACAGGACUAUCCCUUUAGAAAGAGGAGAAGAUAACGAGGGGGUGUACUGUGCUGAUUUCGAAUUUCCCUCCCUCCCCUCCCUUGCUCUCUUUCGCACGCUUUGACACCUACAUAUACGGUUUACUUUCAACACAAACAAGACUAAGUUAGUGUUUUAAUACUGCAAUGUUUAGGGUGGUUUCAAGCUACGUGCAGGACAGUUCAUGGUAUGUUCCCGUUCAAGAUGUGGUGAAAGCAUUCAAAAAAGAUUUUAAUGUGGACAUCACGUACAAAGAAUGCCACCAGCUAGUCCUGUCCGCUUACGCCAGUCCUAGAAACCGACUGAUCCCCAAGAAGAACGUACGAGUGUCUUCCAUUGGGCAGCAGUAUGUGUACAGGGGAAUAAGACCUAUCAAUAAAGGUUCUGGGUCUUCUGAGAAAUUUCAGGUAACUUCGAUGUGUUUAAAGUGGCUUUCAAGAGCUUUCUUCAAACUCGUUCUCAGGGUCCUCCCUCUUUCUCUCUCGAGAAGGGACCCUGGCUGCGGCUCAGUCACGUGCCUAUGCAGACCAAAGAAUGCCGUAGGGAGCAAGAGAUUUUAAACUGUUUUUAACCUUUUGUUAGGGGAGUAGAGGGCUGGGUCUUCGACACAAUCUUUUCCAACUCCUUAAGCUUAAGCUGGGGUCCAAAAAGUUUCCCCCUACCCAUCCUGUUAGUAUUGACAAAAACUUAACGCGCAAGACCGUCCCUUGGUUUGGUUUUUGUGUCUCCCAAUUUCUAAGAGACACAUGACCAGCCUCGAGGGUGGAAGAGAAAAGACCCUGGGAACGAGGUUCGGUCUUUCUUGACGCAGCUACCUCGCGAUAUUUUCAUUAAAUUUUUUUUUCUUUUGCAGUAUAUAAAACAUUUUUGACUAGGAAGAGACAGGAAAAUAUUAACUUUGUUAGCUAGAUAGAAAAAGACGAAAGUGAUGCGAUCGCCCCCAAGAUUUCAUUAGUACUUCUCUUUACUGUCUACUAUAAAGUCGUUGAUGAUGUUAGUUCGGAGACGUUGAUGAUGUUAGUUUGGAGACGUUGGUAUUGGAUCAACUAAUUAUCUUUUAAUUGGCAUUUUUCUUUUUUCUCGUCACUUGUCUACUUGAUAUUGCAUUGAUGUUUUAUGGAGAAAUUCUGUCCUGGUUAUGUAAUAUAGUUCAAGUUAUUUUUUCCCGGAAAUCGUUGCAACUGGGAAAGUCUAUUGACUGGCUCAUUUAGUAUUAUCAACUGAGUUGAUAACGUAAAUUGGCCACCGUAAAGAGUUUUAAAGCUGACGUUUCGAGAGUUAGCCCUUCGUGUAACCAUUAGCCCCUUCCUUCAUUCGCUCUGACGAAGGGCUGACGCUCGAAACGUCAGCUUUAAAACUCGUUACGGUGGCCAAUUUACGCUAUCAAAUCAGUUAAUAAUGCUAAAUUACCCUGUUAUACUCUCCCACCGACGCAGCACCACAGUUUCCUCAGAAACUUACCCUCAUUAUUCAAGGUUAUUGACUGUCUGUUUGUCUUUGUUUUUCUCCUUGAUUUGAAACUUUUGAAACUACAAUGCAACUUGACUCUUGAAUCUCUAUGCCUGAAACUCGUAAACUUUGCGAAGUGUUCUCGUUAAAGUCUCGUAAACUAAUUCCCGAAGUUUCUUGUAGGCUAAAAACGAAUUAGAGUUCGCUCGAACCUUUCAAGGGGAGGAUUCUAGCGAAGAGCCCGAGGAAGACUGGAAGCAAAGGAUGAAGGAAUUGACUGAUGAGCGCGACCAAGCAUUAAAGGAACGGAAUCAGGCUCUCUCGGCCCUAAUGGAACUAGAAAAAGAACAUGCUGAGGCAUUGGGGACAAUAGAGAGAAUGAGGAAAGAAAAAACCAGAAGUAGCGUGGCUGAAAACUCUUUAAGGACGAAGAGGGAAACGGUAGUCAAUAGCGUAGAACUCAGCGCGAAUCACUGCAAAGAAUCGUUGUUUGAAAAGUUGUGGGAAAGAUUAGGAGGAGCAAAAAGCGAUUUUGUGGCAGAAAAGAAAAUGGAAUGUGAUCGAGAUAAUUCUGAUUAUUCACUCUUGAAGGAGAUUGUCACGCAAGCGAAUGAAGAGCGUGACAAUUUACUGAAAAGGUUAAGGGUGGUUAAAACUGAAAGGAACUCGUAUUUGGAGCGCAUUCACUUGUUGGAGAAAGAAAACCAACGACUGCGUGACGCUGUAGAUUUUCAGCACACCGAUGUGUCACAGCACCGGCUGUUAGAUGACAUUUCACGACAUUUGCAAACUAGCUGUCACGGUGAAAAUGACCCGAAAGAAGCGUUGAGUUCUGUUCUGGCUCAUUUAAAAUCAAAGCGGUAAGUGUCUCAUAAUAGGCCAUUUCCGAAUUACCUUUGGCCUCUUUUUCAAGGCGAGUCCUUGAGCUCAUCCUCUCAUAUGAUUAUAGGGUUUCAUUCACAUACAAAUUAAACUCAUAUUCAUGCGAAUGGUUGAGCACCUGGCCUCGUUUUGAAGAAGAGGCCACUUUCAUCCAACUGGCAUGGAAGCUAUCAGAUGAUUCCGAAAAUAAUCGCCAUACGAAUAAAGUUCAUGAACGAAAAAUUGCUGAAAUUGUUCAGACGCUCUUUCAUGUGAAGAAUCAUAAUUUAUGUUAUCAUGUUCAAUCUCAUCCAAUAAUUGCUUCAUAUCUAAUCUAGUGUUUAUUUGUAGGUAUCAGCUAAAAGAAUUUAGGCCUCCAUAUCUUUUUUCUACUUUCAGAGAGAAGUUCAGACCUACCUUAAAUUUGCGACUGAACAACCUUGAAAUUUUUCAUCACUUGGCCAUCAACCGAUGUAAAUUAAAACUAGUUAUGUUUGUCUUAGCAAUAUCAUUGUAGACUAUUGCGAACCAUCUUAAAUUGUGAUGGGCUUUUGAAUGAUUGUGAUAAACUAUCUUUGUCUUCUUUGAUCCACUCUAAUCAUUUUAUUAUUAUUGCUAUUAUUAUUAUUUCAGGAAACAAGUGACUCCGUCUCGGUUAAACAAGUCUCCAAGACUUGAUCAUGGCAGUGGUAGAAAUAGCAGCGAGGAUCCAGCUACUCACCCAGUUACUUACACCUUGUCUUCAGAGAUACGAGACAAUGGAACAGCUUUUUCAGGGGACAUAGGCGCCUCAAACGAUGAAUUUCUGAAAGAGAGAUCUGAGGGAUUAGUAAAUGGCAAUUUCGACAACAAAGAAAGUAACGCAAGCACUAAACAACCGGAUAUUGAGCAAGAUUUUCUCGUUUUUACAUCAGGUAGUGAAAUGAUCGAGUUCUCACGACAUCCUCUGGAGGACUAAGUUCGGUACAGCAUGUGUCUUCCAUCACAGAAUGCAGUUUUUUGGGUAUGAAUCUAGCUCGCUAACUUUUACUUGGCGAAGAGAGCAUCUAUACUUAAUUUAAAAGGGUUAUCAGAACUCCUUUUUGUGCUGUACGAGUUGUGUUUAAGAACGAAGUUGCAUUUAUAUAUCGUACUCAACCGGAAUUGUACUCCACCGGAAUCGUCCUCAAUUGUAUUUCAGUCGUAUCGGAGUCUUCUUCUCAGGUCGUACAUUAGUCGUACUGGAAUUGGUCCUAGUUGUUUGACGAUCGUGUCAGGGUCGUCUACAGUCCUAUUGGAGUCAUCUUUGGUCGGUUGUGACUCGUACCAGGAUUGUCUAUAAUCGUACCUGAGCUAUUCCUGGUCUUACAUUAUUCGUGCUGGAGUCGUCCUUAGUCGUUUCGGGUUCGUCUUCAGUCGUACAUGAGUUGGCCUUAAGUCGUAUAUUAGUCGUGCCUUGGUCUUACACAGUGUUACUUCUGUCGUACUGAAUUUGUAGCGGUUUGCUUGGUAGAGCUGUAGGUUUACUUCAUUUGUUCACAGUCGCAUCGAGUUAUUACGUGAAAAUUCCUUAAGGUCGUUUACUUUCUGGCUGAGGAUAAAAGUCACCACCUUAGCAAGAGUUAUUCGUUUCAUGUAGAUUUUCAUACGCGCAGUCAAUCCACUGCUAAAUUCGGGCGGUUGAUUGUAGUCAUAUUAACACCAGAGCUUUGAUGGACGUUUUAAACGAGGUAAAACUCAGAGUGCAGUCUUUACAUUAGAGGGUGCUCCGACAGCAUACCAAGUACUUAGUUUUAUAUGGAAUUUUUCCUUUUUUCGUCAGCAGAACUAGAGCUUUACAGUUAAACAUAAAGAGUUCUUCCCCUUAAUUUAUUGAGUACGUAAUUUAUUUUAAACUUCGAUAACUUAUUAUGCUAUUAUGUUAUGUUAUUAGUCUUUUUUUUUUUCUCAGCAGAAGAGCGGGGUACCGGUAAUGUUGUUAGACGUGGGAUAAGCGGGUAAAUCGGCAAACAUUAGAUCUUUGUUAUUGUUGCUUUACCUUGCUUUUGUUGUUGUUGUGGUUAGAGUUGAUCAAUCUAUGUAGCAUUUGUGUUAUCGAUUUAUUGACAUCACACUUCUUUAUUCAAGCAGUAAAGGACUUCCGUGGUCACAUAGCCUCAUUUAAACACGAGAGUGGUGGUGUUGGUU